CUUCAUAGAAUCCAGCCGGAAUCAAGGUGAUGAUGCCAAAAAUCUGGAAGAUGGAAGGAAGAAUUACAAGUCGUAUCAAUGAAGAUGGUACUGUUCAGUUCUUCUUCAAACAUGAACAUCAACUUCUCACUGUUUUGGAAAAAGAGCCAUGGACCUACAAAGACUGGUUGGUGAAUGAUAAUCUGAUUAAUGAAGUUGGAGGAGUAUUGGGACAUGUAGAUGAGGUUCAUCUUCAGCAACCCACUACCGAAAAAACUGGAGAAGUAUGGGUUCGUGUUCCUAUUGAUGUUACAGGGCGUUUAAUCUUUGCUAGAUACUUCACCUUUGAAGAUUUCGGAGAGCCCAUUCUUAUAAGCUAUAUCUACGACAAGCUGCGAAAGUUUUGCUCAACCUGUGGUAGCCUUACUCACCUAGCUGCAAACUGUAAUACACAAAUCCCCGAAGCAGCCCAUCUACAACUUCCAGCUCAUAUUCCAGAACCAAUUAUUGAAGACAACUUGCGCAAUGAAAACCAAUCAGAAGCUAGACCAGCUACUGAAGUAGCAGAUGAUACGAUGGGAGAAACUGUAGGAUCAUACCUGAAUAUGGAGAUAUCGAAAAACCAGGGAAACAAUGAUUUUCGUGGGGAAUUCAUGGAUUUUAUGCAUCCAGGGGAUGUUCAAGACAAAACCAAUGAGACUUUUGCAGUUAGAGAAGUCGGUUCAGCCUCAAUUCCAUUGCAGACACGAGGAACUAGAAGGAAGACUAUACCCACAACUGACGCAGAUGAGACUUCUACUUCUAACAAAAGAGCACAGGCUCGUCCUUCAACUCAGGCUAAAGGGGAGGUGGAAACCCCAAAGCCACCACAGCCAGAAUGAGAAUACUUCAUUGGAAUUGUCA